UCGUCAGGCAAAUAUUCUGAUUAAUAAUAUCAUAAUAUAGUUUUUCUCGCAGCAUUUUGGCCGUAAUAUGGGUGAAAAGAAAUUUAUCUCCGAUAGAGGUCUCCAUAGUCUCUCCUGCCGACUCUUAAUAAAUUGUUUCAAUUUACAAUUAGUAAUUGUCUUCCUUAUUAUCGUUGAUGUUUAUCUUUGCACGGAAUAUAGGGAUAUCUAUUCCUAAGUACCUCUUUAUUUUGCUAAAUAUUAAGGUUAUAUUUACAAUUGUGAAGUUGCUUUCAGUGCUUUCAGUUUUUGGAAUAUUUUAAUGUAAAUAGAUCUCACUACUUCUAGUUAUGUUACUAAUAAUUUCUUUCGCUGCGUGAUCGCAGUGAAAAUGACAAACGGUGAAACCGUGAGAUGGCUACCGGUGAAAAUCUAAAAGUGAACUAUGUCACUGAAAAAUAUGUAAUUGAUGCCCAAGUUCCUCUCUGCCCACGGUAACUAUCGAUAUUUUCGAUUGUGCGAUACCACUUCUGCGCUCUACUUUAAUCCUCGUAAGAUCGAGGACAAAAAGCUGUUUCAGGAUUAUUAUUUAAAAUCUGUGACAAAAAUUCUAAUUGGAACAUAUAAUACUAAGAUUUUUAACAAAUUAUUUUUAAAAGAAACAUGCUGUUAACAUUUCUUUACAUGGUAGCCACUAUUAUGCAAGCACGGAGGAUAUCGUUCCUGAAAGCACACUUAAAUGUAAUUUUUAAAGGAAACAAGAAUCGUUCCUCUAUUAUGCUUAACAUUAAAUCAUCUCAGUAUCUAAAUGGAGAUUGCAAUGGGUAUGAACAGGAUGAGAAUUUUAUGAGUUCCCAUUUAUGUACUAACAAAAGUCUUGCUAAACUUGAUGAGUUAUUAUGGUAUCAAGAUAAUAUAAAAUUAUAUACAAUAUAUCCUCAACAACAAGUUAAUAUAUCUGACUGGUUGACCUAUCCAUGUGGAAGUUCUUUGUUUCCACUAUGCACAAAUAACUGUUGUCAAAUUUUAAACAAGUCUGAUGUUAAGAUGCACAUCCUUGUUGAAGUUGAUCUUGAAACUUAUAAAUCUCAGGCCUCAACCAUCUGUGCAAAACUUGAAGAUUAUGGUCUAAUCACGGCGUGGACGACAUCAAAUAAAGACAUGAGUUUUAUUUUGGAAACAGACAUGGAACAUAUGACAAGUUUCAUAAUUGGAAUUAUGCAAGGACAAUAUUUCAUUAAUAAUGGCUUACUUUUAAUACAUAUUCAAUCUGUUUUGGUCUCGGGAAAGCCAUGUAUUUACAAUGAUACUGGACAUCUCGGUCCACCGUCAGACAAAAAUAUUUUUUAUUUAUUAAGUAAUGCAGCUCGAAUAGCUUUCCAACAAAAUAAGCUUAUUGAAGUUGCUAAAUUAUGUGGUGUGAAUGUACAACCACAAGAUAAAAAUCUAAACACCGAAGUAUCUACAGAUUCUGCAGAUACUAAAUCGACUAGCUCUACACCAACAACAUCUCAUUCGUCAUCAGUUGCUGCAAGUAUAACGCAGCAAGACAUAGAAAUCUCACUUAACUUAAAUAGCACAUUAUCAAAAGAAAUGCCUACUGCCAUUAAUGGAAGAGAAAGAUCUGAUCAUUUAACUAAAACUCAUUUACCUGAUAUUACAAAGAAUAAAGACAAUACAUUACUUGAUAUCAAAAGUGAAGUGUCUACUAAAAAUAUUGAUCAAGACAAGCUUACUAGAGAGACUACAAAUUUAGAAGCUUCUUCCACAACUUUUAAAGGAAAAAAAAAAUUGAUUAAACCACCAAAUAUAAUCAUCUAUGCUGAUAGCCCAAAUGCAAUUAGCAAUAUAAAGAAUGUAUUAUUAAAAGUAUUGGAACUAGAUAAGUAUGUCAUUUAUGCGUUCUCAAGAGAAGACGCUCGCUUGAACGCUUGGGUAGAUCAGGUUACUUUAGUUGUUAUUUGCGGCAAUGUUGAUGCAGAGUUUGGUGCUCAGCUUGUAGAAUAUAUUAUACACGGAGGUAAACUUCUAGCGUUAUGUUCCGACAUGCUGCACACUUUGCUACCAUCGUUCAAGACUGCGGAAGUGCGUGAAAGUGAACUCGUCCACUUUUCGUAUGGUAAAUGGAAACGAGUGCGUAUGAUGCAUCACAUCUUUUGCUAUCACGCUUCUCCCGUACGAACUCGUUUCUCUCAAGAUCAGGAAGAUACAAGAACGCCUGCAUUGAAUCCUCCAACUUCGACUAGUGUUAAGGACAAAAGAGGAAAAUUACAUUCGUUUGAUGUGAAAGUAUUGGGUAGGGAAGAAACGUGGCACAAUCCAAGCAUACUACUUGCGACUCUGGCUAGUAGUGGUGGUAAAGUGGUGUUUUCCCAAAUCCAUUUAGAGAUAGAUCCAAUGCAAUACGAGUAUGAAGAGGAUAAAUUUGAAGCACUGAAAAAGAGUAAUGUUGCACGUUUGGAAAUAAUCAGUGAUCUGCUAAGCACACAUUUAGGAUUGGAGACAAGUCAUGAUCAAAUAUCUAUACAAUAUACUUCAGCUUACUUUUUAGGCAAAUUUGAGAUGAAAAUGAAGAUGUUUGAAAAGCUGAAAAGUAAAAUGCAAGAGAAUAACAUAUUAAAAAUGCCUAACUUAGACAUUCGGUUUUAUGCAAACAACGAAGACGUGCAAGCUUCAUCAGUUAACUUCCUCCCUAUUAUGAUGCAUAUGUGUCCACCUAAUUUCUCGACUGUAGAUUAUUUUGAGAAUCUCUAUACAAAGGAAUUAGGUCGUCUAGUAAUAUACGUGGAUGUUUUAUCAUCAUCUAUGUAUGUGGUUAACGGUCGAUUAGAACAUGGUCUGACAGUUAUUCCACGACGGCAAACGCAAGGACAAGGACGAUCUCGCAAUAUGUGGCUCAGUCCAGUAGGUUGUGCCAUGUUUACUUUACAAGUACAUAUUCCUAUAAGUUCGUAUCUUGGCAGUCAUAUCUCGCUUCUUCAACAUAUUGCUGCUGUAGCACUUGUAUCAGCUGUAAGAUCUAUUGAAGGAUAUGAGAAUCUUGAUCUCAAAAUAAAAUGGCCUAACGAUAUAUAUAUUAAUAAUACAAUCAAAAUUGGUGGUUUGAUCAUUCCUACACAAAUAGAAGAAUCAUUGUGCAUUUGUAAUAUCGGUGCUGGUGUAAAUCUUUCUAAUAAUAAACCUACAUCUUGCAUUAAUGAUAUAAUUUUGCAAUAUAAUCAAAAAUAUGGUACAAAGUUGAAAACAUUCUCAUAUGAAAAAUAUUUGGCCUUGGUAUUCAAUGAACUGGAAAUUUUAUUAGAUAUUGUACAAAGUGGCAACGUAGAACAUUUCUAUCAACUCUAUUACAAAUAUUGGUUGCACAUGUAAAUAGUCAUACUAUAAAUAAUUUGAUUUUGUUUAUGCUUUUAAUAAUAUUUUUACUGUACACA